UCCCACCUCCUUUGCCACAAUUAUAACCAUGGAGUAUUAUCAUCUAUCAUCAAUCUCUUUGCUCACUCACUCUUCAAUUCCACCUCCCUCCCAUCUACGUCCCAUUUUCUCUGUUUCUCUCUCCUAAUUUCAACUCCGAGACCACCAUUUUUCUUCCGAUCAUCAAAAAAUGGCGAGAGGCAAGAUCCAAAUUAAGAAAAUCGAAAACAAUACGAAUCGUCAAGUUACUUAUUCGAAGAGAAGGAACGGUCUGUUCAAGAAGGCGAACGAGCUUAGUGUUCUUUGCGACGCGACUGUUUCGAUUGUCAUGAUCUCCAAUUCCAACAAGCUCCACGAAUUCCUCACCCCCGGAACCACCACGACGAAGGAGGUUUACGAUAAAUAUCAGGCUGCUAUGGGGGUUGAUCUUUGGGCCAAACAAUAUCAGAAAAUGCAAGAAGAGCUGCAGAAGUUGAAUGAUAUAAAUAGGGGUCUGCAAAAGGAUAUUAGGCGAAGGAUGGGAGAUUGUUUGGAGGAUCUGACUUACCAUGAAUUGAGCUCUCUAAAGGAAGAAAUGGUGAACUCUGUGAAGGUCAUUCGUGAACGCAAGGCUAAGAAGAUUGAGAAUCAUAUUGAUACUACGAAGAAAAAGGUGCGAAAUUGUAACGAAGUACACAAGAGCCUCCUCCAAGCAUUUGAUAUUCCAAAAGAUGAACCGCAGUAUGGACUGGUUGAUAACGGGGAGUACAACCAUGUGCUUGGAUAUAACGAUGACUCUCGCAUACUUGCUUUGCGAUUGCAGCCAUCUGAUGCUGGUGCAGGAUCAUGUGUAACAACUUACACUUUUGCUUUGAGUAUAAGUUUCAGAUCUACUAGCUAAUUUGUGCCUGUACUUUGUAGUAGAUAAUGAGCCAAGCCUCUAAUAUUUGCAGUGCAACUUAUAUGUGUUAUUGUGAAGCUAAACUAUGGACAAAACUCAUAUAAUUGUUUCGUAGCUUGAAUUUCUGAUGAGAAAUUGAUGUACUAAAUCAAGAUAUUAUCUAGGUAGAGGUGAAUGCUUGUGGGUAAUUCGCCAUAUGCGUAUAUUAUUGAGGUGUGAUUUGUUACACGUUGAAAGUAAUCCAACGUCUACUUAGUUAAUUCAA